CCAAUGGUUGCUUGCGUUCCUGUCUUCGGUGCGCAUUUUGAAUUUGUUGUGACUGAGAGAGCGAUAUUUGUUGUAAAAGACUUUGGGAUUUUCUUUUGAAAUGUAAAAUUAUUAGAUAUAUUUUUCUAAGGAGAAAACACUUAUUUGAGCUCAUCAUUCCUGUGUAUAGCUGUUUGUUUUGUACCAGCGUUGUUGUCUUCUUGUUCUUUUCUGGAGGAUCCCGGCCUGUGACCUGCUCAUUGUGUUCUAUUACGUGGAGAUAGGCAGGAAAAAGGCUGUUGAAAAUGGCAAACAUUAGCACUGUAACAGUAUCAAAUGCUCAGAGUCUUCUUGUUGACUCCUCUAUCAUGGAUUCAAGACUUGCAGAGACCUCUAAGGAACAUUUAUUUCUUGGGUCAGCUGAAGACAUUGAAGAUGGGGUACCACAAAUUGAAACAAGGGUUCUUCUGGUUGGAAAUGCAGGGAAUAAUGAGGAUCUUCUCAAAGCGCUGCAGGGAAUUAAAAUAAUGGAAGUUCCAGUUGUAAGGAUUAAAGGUGCUGAACCUGGCAGCAAGUCGGGUGAAAAGUUAAUAAAAACUAUAAUAAAUAUGGAUAUCAAAGUUCCAUUUAGGAAAGUUGAUAAUGUACAAGAUUUUGCAGAUGGAGAAAGCACAGAGUUUGAAACGGUUUUUGUGAUGGAAGAUUUUCAUUGUCCAGAAUUUACUUGUUUAUAUAAAAAUGAUAACAGAAUUAUUGGACCACCAAUUGUUCUGCAGUGUGCAAUGAGAGAAGAGCCUCUUCCUUUUUCUUCACGUCCACUAUAUUGUACAAAUAUGCUCAACCUGGUGCUGUGUUUCACGGGAUUUAGAAAGAAAGAUGAAGUGGUAAAACUUGUUAAUUUGGUUCACCAUAUGGGAGGCACUAUUCGUAGAGAUUUCAGUUCCAAAGUGACUCAUCUUAUAUCUUAUUCAACCCAUGGAGAGAAGUUUAGGCUUGCUGUGUGCAUGGGAAUUCCCAUUCUGAAAGCAGACUGGAUAUACAAGGCAUGGGAGAAGAGAAAUGAAGUAAAUUUUUGUGCUGCUGAUGAACGCUUUCGGACAGAUUUUAAAGUGCCUCCUUUCCAAGACACUAUACUAAGCUUUCUUGGGUUUUCUGAAGAAGAUAAAAAAAACAUGGAGGAAAUGACAGAAAUGCAGGGUGGGAAAUAUUUGGAAGUAGGAGAUGAAAGAUGCACUCACUUAGUUGUUGAAGAAAAUAACAUAAAGGAGUUACCGUUUCAAGUACCCAAAAAGUUAUAUGUUGUUAAACAAGAGUGGUUCUGGGGUAGCAUACAGAUGGAUGCUAGAGCAGGAGAAUCAAUGUACUUCUAUGAAAAGCAAGAAAGUCCAACUUUGAAGAAAUCGGUUUCUCUGUUAUCAUUGAACACACCUAAUAGCAAUCGUAAGAAGCGACGCCUACGGGACACUCUUGCCCAGUUGACGAAGGAAACUGAAAUUUCUCCCUUUCCUCCACGGAAAAGGCCAUCUGCUGAACACUCUUUGUCAAUGGGAUCUCUUUUGGAUAUUUCAAAUACACCAGAGUCUGCAAAAGCAGGUGGAGCUGAUACCCCUCGAUCAUCUGCUAGGCCUUCUAAAAGCUCAGUUUCCAUAACACAGAAACAGUCUGCCAGAUGGCAGGUUGCAAAAGAGCUGUUCCAGACUGAGAGCAACUAUGUGGACAUUCUCACAACAAUUUUACAGUUAUUUAAAGAUCCAUUAGAGAAGGAAGGGCAGCUUGGUGGACCUAUACUUGCACCAGAAGAAAUAAAGACAAUAUUUGGCAGUAUUCCCGAUAUAUUUGAUGUACACACUAGAAUAAAGAAUGAACUUCAAGAACUUCUAAUGAGUUGGUCAGAAAAUAAAAGUAUUGGUGAAAUCUUCCUAAAAUAUUCCAAGGAUUUGAUUAAAGCAUAUCCACCUUUUGUCAAUUUCUUUGAAAUGAGUAAGGAGACAAUUGUCAAGUGUGAAAAACAGAAGCCACGGUUCCAUGCUUUCUUGAAGAUUAACCAGGCCAAACCUGAAUGUGGGCGACAGACCUUGGCUGAGUUGCUUAUACGUCCUGUUCAGAGACUACCAAGCAUUGGUCUUCUUCUAAAUGAUAUCAAGAAGCAUACUGCUGAUGACAAUCCUGAUAAAAUAACUUUAGAGAAAGCUAAUGAAUCCCUUAAAGAAGUAAUGACGCACAUCAAUGAAGAUAAAAGAAAAACAGAGAGUCAAAAACAGAUAUUUGAUGCUGUCUAUGAAGUAGAUGGUUGUCCUGCCAAUCUGCUCUCAUCUCAUCGAACUCUAGUACAUAGAGUGGAGACUAUAGCACUUGGUGAUAAGCCCUGUGACCGGGGAGAAAAUGUAACACUCUUUCUGUUCAAUGACUGCUUAGAGAUUGCCAGGAAGCGUCAUAAAGUUAUUACUACUUUCCGAAGUCCUCAUGGGCAUACUCGACCACCAGCAUCUUUGAAACAUAUCACUCUAAUGCCUCUCUCCCAAAUUAGGAAAGUUCUAAAUAUCAAGGAAACUGAAGAUUGUCAUAAUGCUUUUGCCCUUGUGGUGCGCCCUCCCACAGAACAGGACAAUCUGUUAUUUAGCUUUCAGCUUGCAACAGAAGAUACGGUGAAAGAAGACUGGCUCAGGAUGCUGUGUCGGCAUGUAGCCAACACUAUUUGUAAAGCAGAUGCUGAAGACCUUCUGCAAUCUGCUGAUUCUGAUACAUUGCAAGUAAACACCAAGGAUAUGGACAGUACUCUGAGCAGAGCAUCACGAGCUAUUAAAAAGACUUCCCAAAAGGUCACUAGAGUUUUUUCUUUCACUAAAACUCCAAAACGAGUCAUACAACGAGCUUUCAUGAUGAGCAGUACUCCUGACAGCAAAAGCCCUACUUCUCGCUCUGAACAUAGUUUAGGUGGUCGUAUAGCAAGCACUUCUUCACUUGCUAUUUCUCGUUCUUCAUCUACAUUCAAUCUUAAUUGUACAACAAGGCAAGCAAAUGUUCAGCGCUCAAAUUCUUUAGAUGGGAGUUCCCCAAAUCACAGACCCCGGGUUCCUGUUUGUGCUAGAAAUACUUUCAGCCCCAAUAAACAUGUCGGCAACAGCAGCAGAUCAUCUUGCUCUUCAGACCCCUCUGCCGUAGCUCAGGCUUGUGCUCUACCAGUGACUACAACCACUGAGCCAAGCCCACAGAUGCUUUCUUCCAGUCAGCAUUCUUCUUUUGUAUCCAAUACUGAAACUCUCGUGUAGUGAGAGUGCGUGAUGCAUUCCAGUCCCCUUCCCUUGUCAGCCUUCCUUCCUUGUUUGAGAGGCGUUACUCUACCUUCAGUCGAUCAACAACUCACCUCA